AUGCCCCCCCUGCACUACGAGUACUUUACAGAAACUCUGGUCACAUUUGAAUAUACAUCUAGUGCUACGCGCCAGCCUCAUAGCAUUCUGUUUGUUGGCGGCCUUGGAGAUGGCCUUGCUACAACGUCAUACACCGCAGACAUAGUGCGGGCGCUACAGCCAACUGAAUGGUCAUUCUUCACCCUGAAUCUCACAUCGUCCUACCAAGCAUGGGGUCUUGGGCAUCUUGACAGAGACACCGAUGAGAUUGCUCAAUGCAUAAGAUAUAUCAAGUCUUAUAAAAAUGCCAAAUAUGGGCAUAGCAAGCUUAUCCUUAUGGGUCAUUCAACGGGUAGUCAGUGUGUAAUACACUACCUCAGCAGGCCAAAUCCUCACACCUUUGAACCACCCUUUGAUCCCGAACUUCAGCAUGUCGAGCGCCUAGCUCUUGAUGGAGCAAUAAUGCAGGCAGCAGUGUCUGAUAGAGAAGCGAUUCAAUGGGUCUUGCAUCAUGGAAUUGGCGGCAGGUCACCAAACCAAGUUAAAGCUGUCUAUGAGAAACUAGCAGCGAUGGCUAAGGAGGCUGCCGUCAGCGACCCAUCUUCUGAUACCAUGCUACCCAUCUCGAUGACUUCACAGAUUGGAUAUCCGGCCAAUACUCCUCUCAGUAGCCGAAGAUUCCUGAGUCUUACCAGUCCGGAAAGUCCCAAGUCACCUAGCGACGACGAUUUAUUUAGUUCAGAUUUGACUGAUGAACAACUGGGGAAGACAUUCGGAAUGAUCAACCAACGAGGGCUGUUGAAGCAUAAGCUGAUGGUCUUAUUGUCUGGGGCUGAUCAGUCAGUGCCGGAUUGGAUUAACAAGGAGGAACUGCUGGCUAGAUGGAAGAAAGCCACUAAUUUGAACAGUUCGGUGGAAAUAUGGGAUGAAGAGCAUAGUGGAUUAAUACCUGGAGCAUCCCACGCCUUGAGCAAUGAUGACCAAGAAGAACCACGAAAGUUCCUUGUUGGAAAGGUCCUUGAGUAUUUGGAGACACUGAACUGA